AUGCCUCAGCACGGAAGCCAUGUGGUACUUCUUCAAGCUGAGCGCCUGAGCGCGUUCCGGAGCGCUGAUCCAGAGGAGCACCCGAAGCCGGCGUCGGUGGCCAUGGACAUGGUGGUCGAGGCGCGGGGGUCGUUCAUGGCCGCCAACAUCAUGGCCGCCAUGGUGAGAGCCGAUCUCAGCAGCCGGCAGCUCUGGUGCAAGGUUCUCGCGACAGCGAGGCAUUACAUGCGGAAGAACCUCAUGCUGUUUGGUGAGUCCCCGGACGAACUCAAGGCCAAGGAUCGUCCUCACCGCACUUGGAGCAUGAACAAACUGCUGAAACCCAACGAGUGUUUCCUCAUGUACGAGACUUAA